CUGCGUAAAAUCCAAUCCCGAAAUAAUCUGGAAAAAUGAGCAAAUGGUGUGCCCUGAGCUCUGUGCGGACCGUACUCUGUGUGGGUUGCACGGAGGUGGACUAUGUGGCUACAGUGGAUAAGUGGGACACCGACACGGAGGCCUUUCGCCUCAGGGCUGGUACCUUCCAUCGUAGCGGGCGCUCUAGCAAUGUCGCCACUGUGCUCCGAUUAAUGGGCGCCAAUGUGGACUUCUUUGGGGUCCUGUCCCGCCUGCCCACCUAUCGCAUGGUCCUCGAUGAUUUGGAAAAGGCGGGCAUAGGCAUAGAUAACUGUCACUUCACCGACGAACCACCACCUUUCUCAACUAUUAUACAGGAGAGCAUAAACAAACGCGUCACCAUUUCCUACUGCGAUAAGCCCUUCGCCUAUGUGAAUGCUAAGGAUUUUCAAAUGUUGGAUCUGGACCAGUAUGGCUGGGUGAACUUCGAAGGUCGCAAUCCUCGGGACACUUGCGACAUGAUCAACCUAGUCCUGAAAUACAACAAUGGACGCGAAAAAAGGGACCGCGUUAUGGUAUCCCUGCAGAUCUACAAGGACUUCUCAGACAUGGUCGAUUUGAUUUCAAUGUGCGACUACGUCCUGGUCACCAAGUACGUGUGUGAGCAGCAGGGCUGGACCACGCCCCAUGAAUCGUGCAAGAGCCUAAACAAUUGCCUUCGAAUGCCGCGUAGUAUUAACGUGCGUCGUCCUUGUUUCGUGGUGCCUUGGAGCAGUCUGGGCGCAGGAUGCAUGAACACCGAUGGAGAUUACUUUGAGCUACCCGCCAUAAAGCCGAAAAGGAUUCUGGACCGGGUGGGGGACAGUGACUGCUUCACAGCCGCCUUCAUCUAUGCCACCUUUAUCCGGCAGAGGCAUCUCGCCGCUGCCGUUGCUUUCGCCAAUGCGGUGGCCAGCUAUAAGUUGGCCCACAAUGGCUUUACUUGUAUUACCCAAUUGAACCCCGAUUCCCUAAGGUUGCCUGUUGUCAUGGAAGGUAAGGACGCGUCUAGCGAAGAUGAGGAUAACAUAGGAGGAGAACAGCAACGGCUGUGCAAGAAGUAUCUUUUCCGACCCUCUGUGUUUGUAGGCCCCGCAGAUGCCUCCAGUUUGACUUCAGUUCGGAAGGGAGCCUAA